GUCAUCAAAUAUUCCCUCUCACCCCUCCAAAACACCACCAAUGUCUAGUCAUUCUUCAACAAUAUGGAAACCCCUACUCUUUCUCCAAAACCAGCAAAAGACUACAGCUCCUCGGUUGACACUUCUCGCCCAUUUCGAUCAGUCAAAGAAGCUGUUGCCAUCUUCGGCAAGCGGAUUCUCGUAGGAGAAAUAUACUCUUCGAAGCCUUAUUAUAAUCCUCCUGGAGAAGAAAAUAUUUCAUGGAGGUUCUUAUCACCAAGUCCUAGCUACAGAAGCCCUAAAGAAGAUCAUCAUCAUGAACAAAAUGAGGUCUUUGGUGCUCUAAUGAAACUUGAGGCUGAACUUAAGGAAACAAAGACUGAACUGAAGUUGCUAAAGGAGAGAGAGUCCGAGAAUGAAAUUGCACUGGCUUCUUUGAAUGCCGAGCUUCACAAGAAUAUGUCUAAGUUGGCUAGGGCAGAGGCAGCUGCAGCUAAGGAGGCGGUGGAGAUGAAAGCGGUGAGUUUUGAGAGGGAAAAGAAGGAAGAUCUUCUUCUUAAAGAGGAAGAAAGGAUGAGAGAAUUGAUGAUAAGAAUGGAGAAUUCUCCAACCUUGGCUCAAAUAUUGAGUCUUGGGGAGGAGAAAGAGUGCUUCCGAGGAAAGGAGGAGAGGAAGGCAAUGAAAAAGAAGCCUAUUGUUCCUCUUGUGGGAGACUUGUUUUUCAAGAAAAAAGGAUCAUCUAAUACUCUUAAUAACCCUCUAUAUGCAUCUCCUGAAGUGUGUUUUAAUUGAGAAAACUGGGUUUGGUUUUUAUUUAGCCUUUUGUAUUGAAAGUUCAGAAAAAGAUAGACAACGUAGAAAAGUUUGUGCAUGAAGUGUUGCAAGGUGAGUUGAAUUUCUGUAUGUUGAUGCAAUGUAAUAUGUUGUUUUGUGUCUAUGCUAUUUAAAUGUUUUCCUA